AUGUCUUCAACGGAAAACAAUAGCAAAUCGAGUUCCAGAAUCACAUGGGAAGGUUGCAGCGUUUUGCUUGAUAUCAACGACGGCGACCGACUCGUCUUCGCCCGUCUCUCCCCUGCAGCGAAAUUGAAGAUUGGUAAUAAGAAUUGUUCAUUGCAGCCAUUGAUCGGUUGUCCCUUUGGUACUGUUUUUCAACUUGACACUUCUUCCGACGGUGCUUUUCUAUCGCCAUUCCAACCCAAAGGUGAUGUAAAUAACACCGUUGAAACAAAAGAUGGUCAUUUCCAAACUGAGUUAAAAGACGAUCAACCCAACAGUGAGCUGAAGGACAACCGGUCGUUGAUCGACAAUAAUACUGCACAAAGCCUCACUGGUGAAGAUAUAGAAGACAUGCGAAGACAGGGUGCUAAGGGUGAUGAAAUAAUUGAAGCUCUAAUUGCCAAUAGUGCAACAUUUGAUAAGAAAACAUCAUUCUCACAGGAGAAAUAUAGACUUAAAAAGCAGAAGAAGUAUGCACCAAGGGUACUUAUAAGGCGUCCUGUUGCUCGAAGCAUAUGUGAGGCCUAUUUCAAGAAGUAUCCAUUGAAAAUUGGGUUCUUGAGGGUGGAUACGUUGUCCCUUCUACUUUCAAUGGCUAAUGUUUCUUCUAAUUCUGACAUUCUUGUCGUUGAUAUGGUUGGUGGCCUUCUUACUGGUGCCGUGGCAGAACGUUUAGGAGGCACCGGUUUUGUCUGCAAUUCAUAUCUUGGACAGACACCACCUUCCAUGGAUAUUGUGAGGAUAUUUAAUUUAAGCGAUGAAAUCUGGAAGAGGUCAGCUGAUAUGUUUCAUUGCAGUUUACCAAUUAUUUUUUCGAGUUAA